UAUUUUUAUUUUCAUUCCGUAUUGUUAAAAGUUAUAAAAGAUUUGAAUAUGUAAGCAUAUAAAUGCUUACGAAUAUAGAAUAUAAGGCAACUUUAGUUAUUAUUUUGGAAAAUAAUGAAUAUUAUUCGAUUGAGCAAACGGUGACGCAAUCCUGAACAAUAUAUGUAGAGUCAUUGAAAAAUUAUUGUAUUCAACUUAUCUUCGAAAAAAUUGCUCUUAUUAGAUGUGUAUAUUCGUUCUCGAUAGGUUGUCAAACAAGUAUUACGCGAAUUUGGUGUCCCUUACUUCGUGCUUUCGUAGAUAAAAACAUGUUACUAUUUCCAUAGAUUAUGUAGGUAUAAUUUAGUCUAGUCGAUAAAACGUUACCGGCGAUUACCGGCGAUUACCGGCGUUUUAUUCAAUCCGCGAAAGUUCCUCAUUGCCAAACUAUGAAGAGAGUGAUACUUUUUGUCAACGGUACCGAUGUCAACGGCAAGGUAUUUAUGAUUACACAUUCUUUAGAAGAAUUAUUGUCCGCUGCUAGUACAAAGUUUGAAAUAAGUGCUAAAAGAAUCUUUACUCCGCAAGGUGGAGAAAUUGAUGAUAUCAAAUUGAUCAGAGAUGACGAUAUAUUGUAUGUUUCAAGCGGAGAAGAUUUCAUUUAUAAAAAUAAAGUUACCAACGAUGAUCAAAUGAAUGAAGAUUCAGAAUGGAUUACUUUGAAUGUCGGUGGAAAAUAUUUUACUACUACGAGAAGUACAUUAACAAGAAAUGAACCGAUGAGUAUGCUAGCCAGAAUGUUUACAAGAACGCAAAAGUCUGAUGAUACAUUAAAGCCAAGUUUGAAAGAUCACACGGGUGCCUUCUUAAUUGAUAGAAGUCCUGUGUAUUUUGAACCAUUAUUGAAUUUCUUAAGGCAUAAUCUUAUAAUAUUAAACUCUAAUGUUAACGUAGAUGGCGUGCUAGCAGAGGCUCAUUAUUAUGGAAUGGAAAAUGCUAUAAGUGUUCUUACAAAAAUGGCCAAUGAAAAAAAUUCUCCAGGAGAUGGUCUCAUAACUUUAAACCGCAAACACGUUGUGAAAGCAAUCAUGUCUACAUCGCCAGCUUCUGAACUAAGAUUUCAGGGUGUUAAUUUCUCAGGUGCUGAUCUUUCAAAGUUGGAUCUUAGGAAUAUUAAUUUUAAGUAUGCUGUUAUGGACUCUUGUAAUUUGUCAGGUGCUAACUUAUCUGGAUGUUGUUUUGAACGAGCUAAUUUGUCGCGUGCCAACCUUAAAGGUGCACUGCUUUCAUGCGUAAGAAUGCCAUGUGCCAACUUGGCUUCUGCAAAUUUACGUUCGUGUAAUUUUGAAGAUCCUAAUGGUUUGCCUGCAAAUAUGGAGGGGGCAGAUUUUCGAAAUGCCGAUUUUGAAGGAAGUAAUAUGCCAGCAGUUAAUCUGAGAGUGGCCACGUUAAAGAAUGCUAUUUUACGAAAUUGUGAUCUAAGAUCGGCUGUAUUGGCUGGAGCAAAUUUAGAGUGUUGCGACUUAUCAGGCUCAGAUUUGCAAGAAGCCAAUUUACGUGGGGCAAAUUUGAAAGAUGCCACUUUUGAAUUAAUGCUUACACCAUUACAUAUGUCUCAAACCAUUCGGUAACAAUAAAAGAAAUGCUAAUUUUUUAUAACUUUUUGCUUAUUGUGAUAUAUAAACGUGGUUUAUAUUUAACUGAUAUUUCAGCCAGAUAAUAUGAAUUGCAACAUUGGUAAUAUUUUUCAUUGUUUAUUUUCAAAUUGAUAUUUAUAUUUAUAAUACAUUUAAUUAACAUUUAUAAAAAAAAAUCUAUUAUGAAAAAUGUCUUCUUCGUUCUAUUAGAUAAACUGAAAAUUGAUAAGCUGGAAUUAAUGAAAAAUAUAUAUAUAGGAAUAUAUGUAGGAAUACCUAUAUAUGUAUGUAAUUCUAGAGGAAUUUUAUGUAAGCUCUUUCACUAGUUUUAUCGUUGCUAUAAGCGUGUGUCCACGUGGUUUAUUAUUAAAUCAAAUAUGCUAUUAGAUUUUCC